AUGCUGAAAGAUCUGCAAAGGAACAACGAAUUCUGGAACAUGACGUUAUCGGCACCUAGGGAUUUUAUGAAAUGGGUCAAGACCGAAACUUCCGAUAAUGCGAUGAAACUGCUUCUCGUCAUUCAAAAGGAACGACCAGAGAUGUUGGAAACAGUCACUCGAGAGUUUUGGAAACGAAUUUGGACAAAUGGCAAACGAAUAUUUGAUCGUGAAGAUUUUGAAGAGGUGCUGACAGCCAGUGGAAUAACAAAUGGAUCCGAGUAUAUUGAUCAAAUUGACAGUGAAUACGCCACAACUAAACUGAAAGAGAACAGCGAUGCUGCUCUGG